AUGCACUCUACAGUUUAUACUGGGUUGCUCUGUACUCUGGCCGCGCCUGCUAUGGGCGUGGUCUGGGAAAGUCUUUCUGGAGGUGUUCCUAGCACUUGGUCCCUUGUUGACACUCCAUCAGACUCGACUAUGUCCUUGUCCAUCUCGUUGACCCGCAAGAACAUUGACCAGCUGCAAUCUACUCUAGCCAAGGUCUCAACUCCCGGUGAGUCGGAGUAUGGCCAAUGGCUAGAGAAGGAUGAUGUGGACUCCCAAUUCCCCGUGGUGUCUGACGCUCCCGUUGUGAGCUGGCUGAAGAGCGCGGGUAUUACAUCCUACACUCGUGAGGGUGCGUUGCUCAAGUUCAGCGGUAGCGUUGAGAAGGUGAACAGUCUUCUGAACACUACCUUCGCAAACUAUGCGAGUGAUGGAUCGGUAAAGCUUCGUACUACGGAGUAUUCUAUUCCUAGUAGCCUAAGCGACUAUAUCGAUGUCAUCUCGCCCACUGUUUACUUUGGCAAGACCCGCAAGGCCCUUCCUGUGUUGGCGAAGUCGCAACAUCUGCAGGCUCGCACGACAACUGUCGAUGCCUCAUGUGACGAGAAAAUCACUCCUGCAUGCCUGAGGGAGAUGUACAAUACCGCUGACUACACCCCUGAAGCUUCAUCUGGCAGUAUUGUUGGUUUCGGCAGCUUCUUGAAUCAAUCUGCCUCCCAGUCCGAUCUGGCUGAGUACCAGAAGCUCUUCGGCAUUCCGGUCCAGAAGUUUACCGUUACGACCCUCAACGGUGGCGUGGACGACCAAAAUGCUACCGAGAGUGAUCGCGACGAAGCCAACCUGGAUGUGCAGCUUAUCAGUGCUAUGUCUCACCCUUUGCCCAUCCAUGAAUUCAUCACCGGUGGUGUUGCUCCCUUCCUCACUGACGCCGAUGAGCCCACUGAGGCGGAUGAUGAGAACGAGCCCUACCUCCCCUACUACGAGUACCUGCUCUCCAAGACCAAUUCCGAGCUUCCUCAGGUGAUCUCGCAGUCGUAUGGUGAUGAUGAACAGACUGUCCCCGAGAAGUACGCCAAGUCGGUCUGCAAUCUGAUCGGCUUGAACACUCUGCGUGGCCUGACCAUUAUCCACUCAUCCGGCGAUGAGGGUGUCGGUUCCGCUUGCCAGGCUGUGGAUGGAACAACCCCCCAGUUCAACCCCAUCUUCCCAGCCACCUGCCCCUACGUUACCGCCGUCGGUGGUACCGCGGCCGUGAGCCCCGAGGUCGCGUGGAACGCCUCUUCCGGCGGUUUCUCUAACAUUUUCGACCGUGCUUGGUUCCAAGAAUCUGCCGUUAAGACCUACCUCACCCACGUCACCGAGGAGACCAAGGAGUACUACUCCAAGUACGCCGACUUUGAGGGCCGUGGAUUCCCCGAUGUUUCGGCUCACAGCUUGUACCCCUACAUCGAGGUUGUUAUUUCCGGUGGUCGAUACCUUUCUGGUGGAACCUCUGCCGCAGCCCCUAUUUUCGCCGGUGUCAUUGGUCUCCUGAACGAUGCUCGUCUGCGUGCUGGAAAGCCUGCUCUGGGCUUCCUGAACCCCUUCUUGUACUCCGAGGGCUACAAGGCGCUCAACGAUAUUGUCAGUGGAAGCUCUUACGGAUGCACUGGUUCUGACCCUCAGAGCGACGAGGAGGUCUCUGGUGCUCUGGUCAUCCCCGGUGCCCACUGGAAUGCCACCGAGGGAUGGGACCCAGUGACUGGCCUCGGUACCCCUGACUUCGAGAAGUUGAAGGCCCUGGUCCUCUCUCUGUGA